AUGGACCGAAAGAACUUUAGCUUACCGGCUUCACAGCCCUGGGGCGGCCAGCAAGGGCAACAGGUGCACAAACAAUUGAGGGGUGAUGAGCAGAGUACAGAGGACAUUCCUAAAGAUAACCGCCCAGAUGACUGUACCAGGAACUUAGGGAAACAUCUGGUAUCUUCAGAUUUUGAAGUAGAUGACCGUGGUAUCAUACAAGAUAUAUAUGAAGAGCAUGCCAAUAUCCAAGUUAUACCCUCAUCCAAUCACAGGAAAAAUGUAUUAUUUGAUCCUUUUAAACAGGUCCGAUCUUCUGAUUUAUCACAGACUGUAACACAGAAUAAAAGUCACAGAAAGGGUGCUAAACAUCAAACAGCUCACGUAAAAGGGAAGCCAUAUUCUUGUUCACAAUGUGGGAAAUGUUUUAAGUAUAAACAAGCUCUUGUUAUACAUCAGAGAAAUCACACAGGGGAUAAGCCAUUUUUAUGUUCAGAAUGUGGGAAAUGUUUUAAGGACAAAGCGUCUCUUGUUGUACAUCAGAGAAAUCACACAGGAGAGAAGCCAUAUUCAUGCUCAGAAUGUGAGAAAUGUUUUAAGUGUACACAAGCUCUUGUUGUACAUCAGAGAGUUCACACCAGGGAUAAGCCAUUUUCAUGUUCAGAAUGUGGGAAAUGUUUUAAGUGUAAACAAGCUCUUGUUGUACAUCAGAGAACUCACACAGGGGAGAAGCCAUUUUCAUGUUCAGAAUGUGGUGAAUGUUUUAAGGAGAAUUCAGCUCUUGUUACACAUAAGAGAAAGCACACAGGGGAGAAGCCAUAUCCAUGUUCAGAAUGUGGGAAAUGUUUUAAUAAGAAAUCAGUUCUUGAUAGACAUCAGAGAAAUCACACAGGGGAGAAGUCAUUUUCAUGUUCAGAAUGUGGGAAAUGUUUUAAUGAGAAAUCAGAUCUUAAUAGGCAUCAGAGAAUUCACACAGGAGGUAAGCCAUUUUCAUGUUCAGAAUGUGGGAAAUGUUUUAAUCAGAAAUCAGAUCUUGUUAUACAUCAGAGAAAUCACACAGGGGAGAAGCCAUUUUCAUGUUCAGAAUGUGGAAAAUGUUUUCACUACAAAUCAGCUCUUGAUUGCCAUAAGAGUAUUCACACAGGAGAGAAGCCAUUUUCAUGUUCAGAAUGUGGGAAAUGUUUUAACUACAAAUCAGCUCUUUAUUACCAUAAGAGAAAUCACACAGGAGAGAAGCCAUUUUCAUGUUCAGAAUGUGGGAAAUGUUUUCAGCAGAAAUCAGCUCUUGUUGUACAUCAGAGAAAUCACACAGGGGAGAAGCCGUAUUCAUGCUCAGAAUGUGGGGAAUGUUUUAAGUAUAAACAAGCUCUUGUUGUACAUCAGAUAAAUCAUUCAGGGGAGAAGCCAUAUCCAUGUUCAGAAUGUGGUAAAUGUUUUAAGAAAAAAUCAUCUCUAGUUAGACAUCAAAAUAUUCACAUAUAAAAGAAGCCAUCUUCAUCUUAGCCCUUUAGUGACCACCAAUACAUGUUUUUUUUAUGGUGGUCACUGUCUUUAUUCCGCCAGAUACUCCUUUUUACAGGGAUAUAAAACAGAACCUUGCUUUGAGUUACCAGAGGUAGCUGAGGGCUUGGAGUGAUGAUUGGGACCACUGUGAGAUCUCCCCAAACACGUAUUGUCUCCUGUAUUAAAUUAAUACCAGUCAUCCAAGGACAGAUCCAGUUAAAAGUGAAAGUUUAUACUGUAUAUAUAUCCCUUCUAAACAAAAAUGUUUGGUGAGAUGAAAUAAAAAAAUCCAUACAGGGCCUGAUAUAAAAAGAUAACUACUGUAUUUUUCGCCCUAUAAUACGCACAGGCCCAUAAGAUGCACCUAGGUUUUAGAGGGGGACAAUAAGAAAAAAUAUUUUUCAU